UUAUCCCAGUUACACGCACCGAGUCUUCACCACCACCAACAGUGGUUUGUUUUAACUCGACUUUCCACAGGUGGGUGCUCGUGUCAUCCUAUAUUUCGGUGUGUUCUUUCUUUCCUUACGAUAGAGCUCACUCACGCGUCUGUCCCGUGCACGUUCCUCCGUCCGCCGCGCGCUGCGUCAUGGCGACAGCGGCUAAGAAGAAGAAGAAGUUAAACGUUCCGUAACCGGAGUGUCUGGAAUAUUAUAGCUCCGGAAGCAGAUAGCCAACAUGUUAUGGUGGAUUACAGCCUUUCAGAUGAACCAGAAGUAGUCACAAAAAGGGGUGGCUCUUUUAAAAUGGAGGAGCUGGCUCUAAUAGCCUUGCUGGAAUGUCCUCUGUGUUUGGAGCAGCUGGAUGUGUCAGCCAAGGUCCUGCCCUGCCAACACACUUUCUGUGUGUCCUGCUUGCAGAGGCAUCAGACAGCCCACUCCCAGCUGCUCUGCCCAGAAUGUCGCACUCCAGUCCCAGCCAGGACGGUGGAGGAGCUUCCUGUGAACCUCCUGCUUGUUCGGCUUCUGGAGGGGCUCCAGGGCUCCACGGGGCAGAGCAGGAGCAAACAGACAGACGGCUGCGCUGUGCCCUUGUCUGGGGCCAGUGUGAGAGUCAGGGAGGGUCAGCAGCUGGACAGUCAAAACAGAGAGAAGCAAGGGCACAGUGAGGUUUCUCCCAGAGCUUCAAUGUAUAACCAGCGAGGUGAUUCACCAGAAGACCUGGUGCUUGCGCCUGGUAACAACAUCUCCCUGAAACAAAAAGUGGAUGAGAACUGGCACCACGGAAGUUCUGGUGACAGAAGUGCUGCAUCUGUCAGUGGCGGCGCGCUGCAGGCUGUCAGCCAGGCACCUCAGCUGCAGCCCCUCCAGCAGUCCCAACCGCCAGCGCUCUGCAGGGCACUGUAUGACUUUAACCCAGAAGAGAUGAAUCUGCAAGACAGUAAAUAUUGUCUCAGCUUCCUCAAGGGAGACAUCCUUACUGUCACCAGACGGGUGGAUGAACACUGGAUUGAAGCCAAACUAGGGGCCAAAGUUGGAAUUUGCCCUCUGCAGUUUACAGAGCCAAACUCAGUGGCUGCCAAACUGCUUGAAGGAAAGAGUCGGAAGGGGAGUGACUCAGCGGAAUUUCACCAUUGGACAGGGAGUGGGGGCAAAGAAAAGGCCACUGACGCAUCCAAUAGGACCACCCAUUACGGAGUCUCUCAAGUUCCGUCACAGACACCUAUUAUCAAUGCUUUGCCCCUCUCUAACCAACGGAAACAGCCUGGAGCCAGCAACAUCAACUUUUAUCAGACAGCCAAAGCAGACGCAAACAACAUCACCACCAUCAACCAUAAGGGUCAAGCACCACACCGCCUCUCUGUGCCCUCUGCCUCCCGGAGCCACUCUCACCCAUCCAGAGUAAACUCGCAGCGAGUUAGGCGUCACACCGACGGUACACACAGACACCUGCCACAGACGGAGAAAAAGAUGACCAGUGAGACUCCACCCACUGUCUCUAUGGCUCUGGUGAACCCCCAAAUGUCAUCAGCCUCUGCAGACAGCAAAAACUCCUCCACACAGCAACUCUCCAUCAGUGUGUGUGCUGUCCUGUACUCCUACAAGCCCCGACGGCCAGAAGAACUGGAGCUGAGAAAAGGAGAGAUGGUGGGGGUGUAUGGAAAGUUCAAAGAAGGCUGGCUUCGUGGGUUAUCUCUCCGAACAGGCAAAGUGGGCAUUCUGCCCAGCAACUACAUCACGCCUGUGCUCAGAACUUCUGCAAGACUCCUGGAGACCAAAGCAGCUAAUGUGUCCUCGCACUACAACACAGUAGCUGGAAAGAAACCUGCAGCUGCAAAGAAUCCUGCUGUGGUCGUUGCUCUUGAUAGAGUAAAUGCUGACGGUACAAUAUACUCAACAGGACAAGUCCCAUCUGUGCCGAAUGGAGCACAGCAUGCAGUGUCAUCCACUGGGGCUGGAAAAUCGUCCUUCUAUGGAGGUUCACAAGGUUGGGACAUGGUGAGACGCAUCUUUAACCCACAUAGAGGCUCAAAUCAUCUCAGCCAUACUUCCAAUUUGAACGUUCCGUCCAACGUACAGCACUUUGCACAAGUUCAGGCAUCGGGCUACUCACCCGCUUUACAGAGAAAGAAAAACAGUAACAUCCUGCACAACGCAGGCCGACCGCUGGGCCGGAUGACUGAGCCAGCAGCGCCCUCUGCUGCUGCUUUUCUGAAAGACAAGGAUUUCACUGCUUUACAUGAGGCAGCGUUUCAUCAACUUCACAACGGCCCACAGUCAAUUCUCGUGAGACCUGACUCACACAAGAACAACACAGACAAGCCUGCAAAGUCAGUGCGAUUCCUCACAGAUGAAGACUCUCCUCCUCUAAGACCUCGGACCUCCUCCUGGUCCCCAGGAAGUCAGGUUCCUUCCAAUGGCCGUCCUGGACCCCCUCCUUUAGAAGUAUGGGCCCCAUCUCUUACUCUGGGAAGAGAUGGACCAGGGAUCAUUCUUAAAGAAGGAAAAGCUCCUGUCCUCAGGAAAAACCUAGAAACUGUCACUUCAGAUCUUAACUCUAACCCACAAAAAACUAUAUUGCCCCAGCCCUCGCUCUCAGCUGUGUCAGCACAGUUUAGCCCCAGCAGACACAGAGUGACCAUGACGCACUUAGCCCAGACAGACUCUGAGCUCAGUCUUCUUCAAGGAGAGCUAGUGCUUGUCCACAGACCUAGACCUGAUGGACGUGUCCUUGUUACUCAGGAGAGCAGUGGCCAGACGGGCUUAUUCCACAGCAACAUUCUUCAUGUCCUGGAGAGGCUCAGCUGACUGUUCACAGUUUCUGCAGGAAUGUAUAUUUCCAUGUGUUCAAACUGCCAAAUGACUUGACUGACCCACUGAACAACAGGAUGCAUGUUGAGGUCCAAAGUUUUAUACUGCCAAAUGACAUUCCUAAGGAAGUGUUUUUUUUGUCCUGUAUGCUUUUGGGUGUGUUGAAUCUCCAGAAUUAUAUUUUGUGUUCAUUAUUGUAUGUGCAUGUUUGUGACACAUGUACUAAAUUUUGCACAAAAACCCACCUGAUGACUGUUCCCUGUUUAAUACCCAUGUUACAUGCAUUGGUGAGUGCCUUUGUCAAAACCCACAAAGAAAACUAAGUAUAUUUAAGUAUAUUUAGAGAAUUAUACAGUUAAAUAUAUGUACUGCUUUAUGUGGUAAUAAACUAUACUUCCAGAAUCUU